CAACGCCCAUGCGCGACCUCGACUUGGCCCGGAAACACUAAAGACGACCGCUUGAGCGGCCAAUCAUCAGCAAGAAUUUCAGCUCAGCCAAUCAUCGCAUAGCUUGCUUCGGUGGGCGGGUUUGAUAAAUACGGAAGUGUUCCAUGUGUGCGGGUGGCUGUGUGUCCUUGGUUGUAAGCAGGUAGUCCUGGGCGUUUAGGGUCAGGGUCUUAGGCCUGGCGCAGAGCCAUGCCGCUCCACAAGUAUGCUCCCAAGCUGUGGGACGCCAUGAAGCUGAAGCAGGGCAUCCACGCCCGCCUUCCCGAGCAUUACCUCCGGGCCCUCGAGCCCCGGGAGCCCACUCCGGUCCACUGGAGGCCCCUGGGGGUCCAGUACAGAGCCAACCCCACCACAGGGCUCAAAGAACGGGUCCAGGACGUCCCCAUCCCCAUCUACUACCCCCCGCAGUCCCAGGACGGCCUGUGGGGGGGCGAGGGCUGGAUCUCAGGCUUCAGAUACGCCAACAAUGACAAAAUGUCCAACCGUGUGAAGAAGCUGUGGAAACCGCAGCUGCUGAAGAGGGAGCUCUACAGCGAGAUACUGGACCACAAGUUCACCAUCACCGUCACCCCGCGCACCCUGGACCUCAUCGACGCCGCCUACGGCUUUGAUCUGUACAUUCUCACGACCUCAAAGGAAGACCUGAAUUCCAAGCUGGGGAUGGACCUGAAGAGGGCCAUGCUGCUGAGGCUAGCUCGCAGGGAGACCGAGCUCUACCCCACGGACCACGUGAAGAGGGCCACGGUGUACAGCAAAUACAAGCAGUUUGAGGUCCCAGAGGAGGAGGCGGAGUGGCUGGGUCUGAACCUCGAGGAGGCUGUGGAGAAGCAGAGACAGCUGGAGCACAAGGAUCCCGAGCCCCAGUUCAGAGGCUGCGUGGAGCAGCUGCUGAAGGAGCUGACCGUCCAGAAGCUGUCGGAGCCCACGCUCGUGGAGAAGAAGUGACCGCUGGAGCCGACGCGUGGGCACGCACGUGCAUACACACACAGUGAGGACUUGUGUGUGUGUGUGUAUGCGUGGGCAAGCACACGUACACCUGCAUACAGACUUGUGUUGGCAGGUCUGGGUUGCCCCUGACCCCCAGCCGGCCCUUGACCCCUGACCCCAAGCCGGCCCCUGAGGACCCCCGACCCCAGCCAACCCUUGACCCCCGACCCCAGCCGGCCCUUGACCAGCCGGCCCUUGACCCCUGACCCCAAGCCGGCCCCUGAGGACGAACCGCGUCUCCUCACUUUGAGUUGGCGAGGCAAAGUGACCCCAAUGGAUUUGUGUAGAACGGUCUCCAUCAGUGUAAAUAAACCCUGGGCUCAGUGGGGUCGCCUGUGCAACCAAUUAAAUAUUGUUCUUUAA